CUUGCACACCGCGGAUGCUAACAGCUCUGAAAUUGUUGAUUGCCUCGAGAUACUCAAACCUGCACAUAAACGCAGCGACGGCGCUGGAGUAGCAGAACAUGGUGAAAAUCAUGCGGUCAGGAAUCGUGCCGCCGCUGAUCGACGUUGUGAUGGGCGGACAUGGUGAGGCGCAGGACCACGCAGCCGGCUCGCUUUUCAGCUUAUCCCUGGACGAGCAAAACAAGAACGCGAUUGGGGUUUUGGGGGCGUUGUCGCCGCUUCUCCACACGCUGCGGUUGGACUCGGAGCGGACUCGGUACGACUGGGCCCUGGCAUUCUACCAUCUGUCGCUGGUGCAGAGCAACCAGGUGAAGAUGAUCAAGGUCGGGGCGGUGCAUAUUCUGCUAAGGAUGGUCAAGUCGGAGCAUAUGUUGGGUCUGAUUAUUGGCUUGUGUAAUUGGCGGGGAGCGUGGAAGGGAGGGCAGCUAUGCUAGACGGCGGAGCGAUGGAGUUGUUUGGGGUUGUUGAUGAGUGUUUUUCUUUUUUCAAGAGUCAUCCUCUAAAUUAUUUGAACAAUUGUUCACCCUCAACCACAAUUUUGAUGUUUUUUGUUGUCAAUCGACGAAUUCUUCAUUGUUGGAAGAAAGAUUGAAGAAUUUGUAAUUAAUCUCGCCUUUAUUUCUGUUCA